AGAAAUAAAAUAUAUUGAAUCCGUUUUAUUCACAAGAAAAGUUACCUACAUUGUACAAAGGAAAUAAACCACUCCAAAAGCCAACAUACCCAUACUGAAAAAAAAAACUACAGAUAAAAAGAAAAUAUAGUUCAUGCAACUAAAAUAAUAACUAACACUAAAAAACACAAACAAUUUCUUCUAAUUAUUAGCAGUUUUAUACACGUUCGGAAGUACUCAUCAAUCUCUCGCGACCCGUACUUAACGUCGGCUUAAAUUAUAUAUUGCAUACUGUUUCCCCCAUACAGACGAGCUCGUGUGUAAUUAUCCGCGAAGCUGCUAUUUACAAUUUUAAAAGCACUUCCACACGUUUUUAAUAACUUGUGUACAGUAUGAUUUAUUUGAAUAGAGUGCUUCAUAAUGUUAUCAGUUGCAAAUCUUGCGAGCAAAUAAAGUUUUUGUUUUACAUUGAUGUAAAAUUAAAAAUGCACAGAGAUGUAAUGAAUGAAGGCAGUAAUAAAGUAGAAAUUCUUAAUUAAUUAAAACCUGUAAGCUAUAUGAUACAAGGAUUGUAAAUGUAGGCGUAAUUGAACACACUCGCACAUAAUAAUAAUAACUAAAGCCCUAUGUAUAUUUACUCUAGUUCCAAGUUUCAGAUCGUAAGAACUUAAAGAAUACUACACAGUAAAUGAAAACACCUUUUAAUGUUAAUUUAUACCUUUCAUACUCCGGAAUUAAAAACUUGAAACUGUAAGAAAAAUAGUAGAAAGUUUUCGUCACGGAGGUUUGAAGGGUUGAAGUGCCUGAAUCAUAAAAGACAGAGUCCACAAAAAUGCUCGAGCAAUUUGAUAAAUGUUUAAGAAGUGUAAACCUUUAUUUGAAGUUCCUCGGUUUGCAUCUGGAGAGUAAAGACACGAACAAAACUUUUGUAGAACGUUCUCGAAGCCACCGACUUUAUUUUGCACACCUUUUCUCUUUGAACCUCGAGGUUGUCGCCCAAGUGCUCUGGGUUUUAGAAGCUGUCAUCACGGGGAAAAGUUUCGUGGAAAUAACACGUUUGAUUCCCUGCCUUAUUCUUUGCUUAAUAAGUAACUUUAAAACUUUAUCGCUUUUAUACUACGGUCGACAUAACAAUGAAUUCAUUGUUACAAUGAGAAGUUUGUUGUUGAAUCAAAUGCAAGUUGAAGAAAAGGAACAUCGCGUCAGAAAGAACUUAAUUGACAAACAUGUUUUGAUACUAACGAGUAUUUCAAAAAAGAUAAGUUACGUGAUUGUACUGGGUUUGUUAAUGUUCGCAUUGGCUCCUGCAUUUAUUAUUAUACCGCAUUAUUUUAAAACCGAUGAAGUUAAGUUGGAAAUGCCGUUUAUAGCUUAUUAUCCGUUCAAUGAAUUUGAUUUACGGAUUUAUCCUUGGGUAUACUUCCAUCAAGUAUACUCAGCAGUAAUUGCCAUGAUCAUGGUGUACGGACCCGACUGCUUUUUCUUCACUUGCUGUACCUUUAUUCACAUACAGUUUUCACUACUAAAUAACGACAUGGAGAGAAUUGUCACUGAAGAAUCACCUAGAUAUGAUAAAACAAAAUUCAAAAAACUUGCUGUUCGCCACAUUGAAUUGAUGCGGUGCGUCAAUUUGCUCGAGAAGAUAUUUUCAAAAUCGAUAUUAUUUAACGCAUUGACUAGUUCAGUUAUUAUAUGUGUUACUGGAUUCAACGUUUUGGUGGUCGAUAAUAUUGUGAUGAUGGCAUCUUUCACGGCGUUUUUAAUUUUCGGCUUGAUGCAAAUAUUCUUGUAUUGCUAUUAUGGCGAUACUAUAAUGAGAUCUAGCAUGGAAGUAAGCACCUCCAUUUAUAACAGUCUAUGGUACAAUAUACCUGCAGCAGACAGGAAGGGAUUUCUCAUAGUUAUCAUCAGAGCCCAAAAGCCCUGUGCAUUAACCGCGAACGGAUUUUUCAAAAUGAAUUUGUCGGCUUUUGCCAGUAUAUUAAGUAAGUCGUGGUCUUACUUCGCUCUUCUGAAAACUAUGUAUCACCCUGAAUGAGAAGAUUUACUAUGCUUAACAAGUUUUAAUUAAACACUUAAGAUUUAUAGCGCACGUAUAGCACAGCACUAUUUGUAAUUAGAUGAAGUAAAUAAAUGUUUUAGAUAGUC